CCUCCCAACCUUCCGCGCGCGACACGCUGAGGUAAGCAACGAGCAAAGCUAGUACGCCGGCACCAUCAUGAUGACAACGGCGACUGGAGAGGUCAUCAUGGUGCCUCGCAACUUCAAGCUGUUGGAGGAGCUAGAGAAGGGGGAGAAGGGAGUGGGGGAUCACAGCGUGAGCUUUGGGCUGGUGGACGGGGACGACAUUUUCAUGACCGACUGGAACGGAACCAUCCUCGGUCCUAACGGGACCCAGCACGAGGGGCGGUUGUACACCUUGAGGAUACACUGCGGCGAGGAAUACCCCGACCGCUGCCCGGUCGUGCGGUUCGUGAGCAAGCUCAACAUGGGUUGCGUCGACCAGCGUUCCGGGGAGGUGUUCCGGAACAAGCUACCCGUGCUGGCCCAGUGGAACAGGAAUUAUGGCAUCGAGCAGGUGCUGGUGGCCUUGAGGAACGAGAUGGCCAGCCCGUCGAACCGCCGACUUCAGCAGCCGUCGGAGGGGACGGAGUUCUAGCGCGUGUCGUGUCGUGCAGUGCAGCAAAAGAGGGCGCUACUACACCGCGACUGGGGCGUCCCCCCCCCCCCCCCCCCCCCCC